AUGAGUUUUCAACAUAGUAACGGAUAUUUUUUUUCGAGGAACGGACUUCAGCGAUGAACUUAAUUGCAACAACUGGCUGUACGGGGGCACGCCUUUGCUGGGGAUGGCCAGGAAAUCCUACUCCAGAACGAGAACUGCUGCCUACGGGUUAUAUUGCUCGCUCUUUCCCAGUAUAUCGCUUACCAUCUGUCGGUACUCGUCGAAGUCUUUUUAUUGCCUCUGCAAAGAAGAAAAACUCGAAAGCAGAGCAAGUAUUAAAGCCUUCUAUUAUUGAAGAAGUGUAUGUGGACAAAGAUGGCGAUGACGGUGAAGAAGAUGACAUUUUUAUCGAGGACUUUGAUGAUGAUGAACUUGAAGGCGAUACUUAUUUUGAGGAUGAUUAUUUUGAAGAAGAGGCAGAACUCGCUGCAGGGGAUGGAGCUGGAGGCGGUGGAAUAGCUCUUGCUGGGACAGAGUGGGAUAGGACAGCUUUAGAAAUAGCUGAAGAAGUUGUUUUAUCCUUUGAUGAUGAGCUGGGAAUAUACGCCUUCCGGACACUCCUUAAUGCCACCAUUCAAAUUCGUGUAGAAAGACUAACAAAUAAGUCGGGUUCUCCCAGCAUGGAAGAUAUAGAAGCUUUCUCUACAAAAUAUAGAGCACGGCUUGAUGAAGCUGAAUCUGAUGGAUCAAUACCUGGAAACAUAUCACUAGAGGUUUCUUCACCCGGUGUCGAAAGGGUCCUGCGGAUCCCAGAAGAUCUUGAUCGAUUCAAGGACAGGAACUUAUAUGUAAAAUACAUGGCUUCAGCAAUGGAUACUGGCGCAUUAAGUGAACAUGAUGGGGUCUUCAGGCUUAUGUCGUUUGAUUCCGAAGCCAAGUCUUGCACAUGGGGAUUAGCCAAUGUAAGGAUUAAUAGAGAAAAGUCAGGGAAAGGCCGGCCACUCAGCAAAAAACAGAAAGAGUGGCGAUUGAGCAUUCCCUUGGAUGCCAUACGGUUAGUUCGACUGUAUUCAGAAAUGUAAACUUUCAAAUCAAAAUAAUCACUCGGCACAUACAAAUAUACAUGCAUAGAUCUUUUCUUUCGUCUAUAAUAUAAUAUUUUCUUGGAAAAGAGAGAAUCCAAUAAAUUGGAAUGCUAUACACACUGCUUUUUUUGCUACAACUUGCCAUGUUUUAUGUUGAUGUCACCUUCCAAUUCUGGAUAUAUGAUUUAAAUUAUGUCCGGGAAGCAAGAAAAGUAGAAAACCACUUGUUUAUGGUCUACCGCUAUUCACCUCUUCUUUU